AUACUCUCUGGGGAAAUGUUCCAAACGUCUUAAAAAUGAAGACCAGAAAAAGAACCAUUAAUAUGUCAGAACCAUAAAAACAAAAUACUAUGUAGGCUUAGAAUGUAGAUCUUCCCUUUAUUAGUACCAUCCAGCCAUCUUUUAUUUGGCAGUCUAGAUUGAGUUUUAGUCCUUUAGGACAACAAGCAGGCAUGGAGUCUGACAAAAGAGAAUCUUUUCCUCGCUCUGAUUUGAGCAAUCCGGAUGAUAUCCCUCCCAUCAUCUUGAGAGAGGGCUCCUAUCAGGAAGAACAAAAUGUGGCCAAUUUUAAAUUCGAACUGGAAGAAAUGAAAGAAAAAUUCAAGAAACUUGAGAGUACCAUGGGAGUGGACAAGGUCACCAUCAAAGAGAUUGGGGAGAAGGUGGUGGUUGUAGUCGAGACUCUCGGAGGCACAGCGAUCGUACCCGUCCCCCCGAGCUCGGGCCUGUCCAUACAGCCCACUGAGAACUUCGGGCUCAAGUCACCUUCAGGUGGUAAAAACUCUAUUCCUGGAGUUGUUUCCCUGCAACAGCCGUCGGGCAAUAAGGGAGCUCCACCUGGAGGAAUGACCGCGGAGCAGCUUCAAGAUUUUAAGAAGAUGACACUGCAGAUCAAUGCCAUGCAACAGAAAAUCAAAGAUCUAGAGAACAAGCUGUCAGAGACACUGUCAGGAAUAAAGAAAGGAACGGAACGAGCAGACGAGAUGGAAGAGAAGGGAAACGAGACCAUCAAAGACAUAUAUAAAUGCAUUGACCUGAUCAAUAACUCCUUGAGCGAGAAAAUCGCGCAGCAAAAAGUUGAAGUCCAGAAGAUCGCUGGAGACACGCCCAAGCCAAUCAAUUACGACCCUUUCAACUACGGAGAAGCCUACGGGGGAGAUAUAGUGGACUUCCAAGCCAGAAGACGUAUCAUUGAAAUCAAACUUCUGCUUCAAGGCCUGCAAGCCUCGAUGAACCAGUUAAGAGAUUCAGUCCGUGUCAGCCCAAGUAUUGACCUGGGCUAUAAAGUCGUACGCCUGGACCAGCUGAUCGCCAGCAGCGGUUUCGGGAAAGCCAUUCAGAAAGGAGAGGCCACCCAUGAAGAUGCCUUGUUAGUAAGCAACUCCAAAACGAGAGAGCCUGGUAAAGUGGACUAUCCCAAGAAGGAGAUCUUCCAAGUCACUGAUGACAUGGAAUCCAGCUGGGCCAUCACUGACUCCAUCAUGCAGACGAUGUUCAGACUGGAGAUGGAGCUAGGAGAGUUACAGAAAGCUGUGGGGCAAUCUGAUCUCAGCGGAAACACUAAAAUCUUGGAGGACCUGCAGUCUUCCAUUAAACAAGUGAGGGACAAGGCUACUGAUAUCAAGACUGUCAAGCGAAUCGUAGAGGACGCUUUAAUGAAUAAGGCACACAAUCAGUUGUCGGUCUUUGAAAAGAAAAGCCAGAUAAUUGAUUCCUCAGGCUCCACUGCUGUUCUGGCGUCGGUCUCCAAAGCUAAGUUUGAACAACAGAUAAAGUCCCUGUCUUCAACUCUGAACACUGUGGAUCAGCGCUUGGCAAAAAUAGAAUCCCACUUAGAGAAGAGACCCAACUCGGCGGCAAUUAAAGGAAAUGUAGAAACGGCGUGUUUGGCGUGUGACAGGGAGAUAGAGCUGCCCAAUACACCGCUAGUGUCUUCUCUGCCGAAUCCCGGCUCUUUCAACCCGACUCUACCAAGAGAUCCAAAGAUGUAUCAGACUCCAACAAAGCUGCGUUACGUCCUGAACCGCAGCUACGACGUUGAAACUAGCAGGGAUAAACAUGAUGUAUAUAGCAUGCCACGCCCAGUAGGCGCUGGCUAUGCCCAGUUCUGGCCAAUGAUCGGAUCUUCCCAGAACAAGGCCAGGUCUCCUUCUCUGGAUGAUCGAAGGAUUAUUAUUUCCGACAGCAUAUUUAUCCAAGGGUACGACGGCAAACUGUAUAAAGCUGAUAAAAACAAUUUGAAGAUCCCAGAAGUCAGCUUGAAUUGAGCUCUAGCUGACGAUGUAAGGAAGCACUAUCAGAGGCUUCAGUUCUGAUCAACCUGGGAAGGGGUGAAAGGUAGACAGAUGUCAACAUUGACUUGAGGGUGCAGUUCAAUUAAUUACAAAUAUGUCAGAGGAUGUCAGAGGAUGUCAAAGGAUGUGUUGAUGUCCCACAGAUGAAAUUCUGAAAUGUUUGUCUAUCAAUGCGAUAACAUCCAACCAAUAAAAGUGCAUUAACAUCAUUGCCCUAACAUCAUUGCCCUAACAUCAUUGCCCUAACAUCAAUGCAAAAUAAACCAUUU